UAAUUUGUCAUACAAAAACAACAAGAAAAACAACAAAAACACAACAACGCAGCUUUUGACUGGACUGGAAAUAAGUUUGUGGAUACCUGAAAAGCCGAACUUUUGUGGCGAAAGUGAAAUAAGGUGUAACAGUCUCACGUCUGUACUACCUCCUUUUAAUGAUGGAGGAAAAAGAAGACACUUCACAGAAACUGAAAACAGAGGCAGAGGACUCUAACAUGGGUGAAGCACCAAAGAAAACUCGCAUUGACCUCUCAUCCCUGCCUACUCGACAGUACCUGGACCAGACAGUUGUGCCCAUUUUAAUUCGAGGCUUAACUACCCUCUCUAAAGAAAGGCCAGCAGAUCCUAUAAGCUUCCUAGCCUCCUAUUUAAUGAAGAAUAAGGCCCAAUUUGAGUCUGCAUCAUCAGCUUCAGCUGUGUCAGCCCAACCAUCCACAUCAGCAACAUGAAGCCAUUUUAUGAUUUUCCAUAUUUAUGUACCAUACAAUUGGCUGUGUAUCAGAGGACCAGGACUACUAGAGAAAGCUUUUUACCUUGUACAAAUCAUUCAGAAGUUUUGUAAUGCUUAUUACCACUUGUCCUUGUUCAUUCAUUCUGGUUUGAUUUGUUUUAAAAAAUCAUUCUAUGAUUGAAAGUGUGGUUUAUUCCCUCACUACCUCAAAACUCCUCCAUGUUCUGAUUUUUGUUCAUGCUUAAUUGAAUGAAUUAAACUUUCCUUCAGGAAGAAAAUUGUAUUAAAGUGACUGUUAUGUUUUCUACUUUGGAGUUUGCAUGUGACUUAGAUAUAGUUUUCUCAGGAAGUAAAAUGUUGAGCAACUCGA